UCUCUCUCUCUCUCUCUCUCCUUCUCAUAUACAAAUUCACUUUUCCACUCUGACAGGUGGAAUUUGCAAUGGGCUUAUGGUAGUUUCAUGGGCUUGUUGAGUUGUCCAGGGUUUAGCUCUAAACCAAGCUUGAAACUUGGUCUAAAAGCUAUAUCUUUCACACCCAAAAACUGUUCUUUUCCAUACUUCUUCCAUACAAGAACCCAUUUCAUUCAAACCCUCCAGAGCUGCAACGACUAUGUUUUUGCAACCUUAACCCAUGCUAAAAUCCUUAAACAUGGUCUCCUUAAUGACACUUUCACCGCUAAUCAUCUCAUUAAUUGCUACGUUAGGCUCCAAAAGGCAGGCCAAGCUUACCAACUGUUCGAUGAAAUGCCCGAACCGAACGUUGUCUCCUACACUUCUCUCAUGUCGGGUUAUGUUAACAUGGGCAAAUCUCAAAUUUGUCUUUGGGUCUUUCGAGAAAUGCGGAAAGGUACGGUCUUGCCUAAUGAAUUCACCUUCGCAACCGCGGUCAACGCGUGUUCGAUGCUUGCUGACCUUAAAACAGGGAAACAAAUCCAUGCACACGUGCAGAGUUUCGGGUUUCAAUGCAACCUUGUGGUUUGCUCUUCGCUUGUUGAUAUGUAUGGGAAGUGUAACGAGGUUGGAUUAGCUCGGCGGGUUUUUGAGUCAAUGGAGUGUAAGAAUGUUGUUUCUUGGACUUCAAUGAUCACAGCAUGUGCACAAAAUGGAAGGGGGGAUGAAGCACUUGGACUUUUCAGAGAGUUUAAUUGGUUGGCUUGGGAGUAUCCAAAUCAGUUCAUGUUGGCUAGUGUUAUUACCGCUUGUGCAAAUUUGGGGAAGUUGGUUUCAGGGAAGGUUACACAUGGGGCAGUGAUUCGACAUGGCCAUGAUUCGAAUGAUGUAGUUGCCAGUGCAUUGGUGGAUAUGUAUGCCAAAUGUGGGUGUAUUCUUUAUUCUGACAGACUUUUUCGGAGAGUUCCGAAUCCUUCUGUGAUCCCAUAUACUUCCAUGAUUGUUGCUGCUGGGAAACAUGGACUUGGGAAACUAUCUCUUGAACUUUUCGAGGAAAUGAUUGCUAGAAGAAUAAAGCCUAAUGGUGUCACCUUUGUUGGGGUUCUGCAUGCUUGCAGCCAUUCGGGACUUGUCGAUGAAGGCCUUGAGUACUUGAAUUCCAUGUCUAGGAAACAUGGGAUAGUGCCAGAAGCAAAGCAUUACAUCUGUGUUGUUGAUAUGCUUGGUCGGACAGGUCGUCUUGAUGAGGCUUAUCAGUUAGCAAAAUCUACUGAAGUGAAUAAUGACGAAGGUGCUGUGUUGUGGGGGACACUUCUCUCUGCUAGUAGACUCCAUGGAAGGGUAGAGAUUGCUGCUGAAGCUAGCAAGAGGCUCAUAGAAUCCAAUCAGCAAGUAGCUCUUGCGUAUGUCACAUUGUCAAACGCUUAUGCAUUGGCUGGUCAGUGGGAGAAUGCGCAGAGUCUUCGGACUGACAUGAAGAGGACUGGAGUUUACAAGGAACCUGGUUGCAGCUGGGUUGAGAUUAAGGACUCAACUUAUGUCUUCCAUGCUGGAGAUGUCUCAGGUGAAAGAGGGAGCGACAUACUGAGCUUGUUGAGGGAGUUGGAAGGGAAGAUGAAAGAGAGAGGUUACAUUGGAAGGCUUACAGGCUUGGUGUUCAUUGACGUUGAAGAGGAAGCCAAGGAAGAAAUGGUUGGUCUUCACAGUGAGAAACUUGCCUUGGCUUUUGGGUUGAUAAAUAUACCUAAAGGAGUAACCAUUAGGAUAAUGAAGAACUUGAGAAUGUGCAGGGAUUGCCAUGAGGCAUUCAAGUGGAUAAGUGAAAUCACAGAGAGAGAUAUUGUAGUAAGAGAUGUCAACAGAUUUCAUCAUUUUGACAAAGGGCUCUGCACUUGCAGAGAUUUUUGGUGA